AGUUUCCGAGAGUUGUAGCGAAAAAAAUAGUAUAUUUUUUCGACAUGAAUUCAUUAGUGAGUUUAAAUUUAGCGCGAAUAAAACAUUAUAUAAUCACUUUGUGCGUUUUGAUAGAAGCGACAGUGAUAAUAGCGAAUACAACAAAAAGAUUAUCUAGCACAAUCCCUCCUACUACUACAAAUAAACUUAAGAAGCUUGCUUUCCUUCCUCCUUCUCCUUCUCCUCCAAGAUCAAAAAAGUAUCUUUACAAUUACAACUAUAACACUGAUACCGGCAUACAAGUUCAAGAAGAAGGUAAUCUCAAUAACGAGGGCACUGAUCAGGAAGCCUUAGAAGUGCAAGGUAGUUACAACUUCACGGACAAUGAGGGCAACACCUUCCAAGUCUCAUAUGUAGCCAAUGAGAACGGAUUUCAGCCGGAGGGUGCUCAUUUACCCACAAUACCACCAUUAAUUAGAAAAGCUCUUGAGUAUAUCAAAUAUGAAGAGUUUUCCUUCAUUCCUGAAGAGAUUCCCUUCGAGGAUAAAAAGAAAUAAGGACAUUGGAUAUAACGAAAAUAUGAUUAAAAUUAGCAAAUUACGAACGAGUCUUGAUAAGAUGACAGAUCGAAAUCUAGAGCAGAUUCGAUUAUGGACAACUUGAGGAUUGAUAGAUAUUCGCUUCUUCUACAGAUUCUUCCAUUUUUGCUUCUUGAAAUUGUAUUUGAAUUUUGCAAACCAAGCAAUUAAAUUAGCCCAAAAAAUGCGAAUAUGUUUAGUAAUUUGUGAAUCUAGUGAUUAGGCGAUUUCAUAUUUGUGAAUUAUGGCAAUUGAUUCAAUAAAUUUAAAUAUUAUCAUUA